AUGGCAGUUGGAGUAAUGUUGGUGCAGGAUGCGAUUUGCAAAUAUCAGGACGUCAUUAUCACAAAUUCAACACCACUUCGUCCUGUUUCAAGGUCUGGUUUUGCUUAUUCUGUAUCUUUGAUUACUACCUUCUCAAUAAGCAAUGGUGGUCAGACCAGUGUCGCCUUCAAUAAUUGCUGUGCCUUCUACCCUAUACCCUGGCCGUUGCAUUCAGAGGUAUACGAUUGUUGA